AAGUGAAACCAGCAGCGUAAACAAACUAACGUUAGCAUGUUUAGCUAGCUAGCGCCACAGCUACAGCUUUACAAAACGGAGUAGAGAGCACGUCCAUGUCUCGCUCGUGUUCAGGGACUCUGGAUGCAAAGUUAGUAAACGGUGACACAGUUGGUGUUUACGGUUGAGUCGACAUGGACGAGCCGGACACCGCAGCGAUCCUUCCCGGCGACGUGCUCACAUCAGCCGACGAUGAAGAGUCGACCAACGACUCAAGUGGCGACAAAGCACACAUAGAGGAGGCUGAUGUACCGACCACCCGCACCGUGCGACCACCGUUUACAUGUCCGCUGCCGGUGUCUGUGGAGCCAGUGAUGUUCCUCUCCAUGUUCUCUCUGGCCCUCCAGGCGCCUCUGGCCACACAGUAUCUGUGGGACCGCAUCAGCGAGGACCUCGGCUACAACGGCUCCAAGACGUCGGAGUGCAGCAACAGCUCUGUGCCCCCCGACCCUCUUGAGAAGGAGGUGGAAACCUUGACAGCGCACUGGAACCUGUACAUCAGUCUUGGGGGCUUUUCUGUAGGCCUGUUGGUGGUACCUCUCCUGGGCUCGUGGAGUGACCUCGCAGGUCGCAGACCUGUGCUCAUCCUCCCCAACCUGGGCCUGGCCCUCCAAGCAGUGGUUUACCUGGUGGUGAUGUACCUGAAGCUGCCUGUUGUCUACUUUCUAGUGGGCAGGCUACUUAGUGGCCUUUCAGGCGAUUUCAACGCCAUCCUGGCCGGCUGCUUUUCGUAUGUGGCUGAUACCAGCAACAGACAGUCCCGCACCUUCAGGGUGGCAGUCCUGGAGGCUUGUCUGGGCCUUUCAGGGAUGCUAGCCAGCAUCAUCGGAGGGCAGUGGCGGCGGGCACAAGGGUACAUCAACCCAUUCUGGCUGGUCCUGGCCACUAACUUGGCUUCAGCUCUGUACGCCUACCUUUUUGUCCGUGAGUCUGUCACACCAGACCCAAGUGCCAGGCUUCUCACCUCUCGCCACUAUAAAGCUGUCUGGCACCUCUUGUCAACAGGAGGCAGUAGUAGUGAGGAGGGUAGAAGAUUUCAUAGAUGCAAGCUGUGGCUUUACACGCUGUGCUUCUUUCUGGUGGUGACUGUCCACUUUGGCAGCAGGGACCUGUACGUGUUGUAUGAACUGAGCUCACCGCUGUGCUGGGGGUCGGCCCUCAUUGGCUACGGAUCAGCAGCUCAGCACCUGGCCUACCUGACCAGUCUGCUGGGCCUGAAGAUCAUGCAGCGCUGUCUGGCGGACUCCUGGGUGGCCCUCGUGGGUCUGGCCUCCAACAUCAUGGGGCUGGUGGUCUUCUCUGUAGCUGACACCACCCAGCUCAUGUUCACAGGUUAUGGUCUGUGUUUCCUCUUCAUCACUGUGACGCCUGUGCUCAGGUCAAAGCUGUCCAAGUUGGUGGACCCAUCAGAGCAAGGUGCCUUGUUUGCCUGUGUUGCCUGUGUGGAAAGCUUGUGCUUUCUGGUGGGCAGUGGCGUCUUCAACUCCCUCUACCCAGCCACACUGCACUUCAUGAGGGGCUUCCCCUUCUUGUUUGCUGCCAUCAUCCUCCUCAUCCCAGCUGGAAUAAUUGGGACUCUGCAGUGUUUAGACCAGAGGAGAGACCGCAGACACUCCACAGCAUCCUGACCUGAAGUCUAUGAGGUGAGGAGCUCUGACGCAGAGACGUCCAUCGUGUCCGUCAGGUGAUGCUGGGAGAGACUUUCUGACCCUAUCGCAGUGACGGAGCAGCUGACUGUCGUUAGCUAGCUCAGCGAUGGGAGUCCUCUAGUCACAGCUCACUGAUCAAGACCAAAGGAUGAAGAAUCAACCUCCUGGCUGACAAUACAAUCAGGAGCAGAAUCAAAUCUCAGCAUAGUCAUCCGGUCAUGAACAAGAUUCAAUACGUGUUCUCAUUUAGUGAUUUAAUACAUUUUUAAUACAGCUUGAUGAAAGCCAAAGACUGUGCCUUAGAUUUCCAUUUUGAAUGUAUUAAAUUCAGUAGCUGUAACGACACACUGAAGGUUAAGGUGCUAACCAUAAGAGGAAAGUCCCACCUCCUCAGAUGUUCAUAUCAAGCAUGGCUGCAACAUAAUGUGCUUUGAAAGGGUCAUUUAUUGACAGCCACAUAUCAAUAACCUGACACGGGUGUGGCUCCUAAUCAUAAUUAAUAUUGUUAUUAAACGUCGUGAUCAAUAAGUGAGACGUCCUUGACACACUUCAUGUUCCUUCCUUCAGGCAAGACGCUACAGGUGAACAGGGUAAAAUAGACAUCACCAUGAACCUUCCCCAGUUGAUUACUUACAUUAUGACUACUUUUUGUGUCACAGGUUUUCAGUAAUUGUGUGUUUAAAUAUGCAAAGGAGGCAUUAUCUAAUUACAUAUGCGAUUAAGGUCCAGAACAGAAAUCUGAACUCAAAUAAACACCUGUGUGUAUUUUGAUUGUCCUUCCACUAAUCUGAAAGAUUCUUAAUUCUUCAGUCAUGUUUUUUCAUAGGUUUAGAUGAGACUUUAUUGAUCCCCAGGAGUAAAUUCUCAAGCUACCCAGCAGUGAGCUCCACCUUUACCAGCUGCAGUAUAAAUGUGAUGUACACACUAAUGCAUUAAUUCUUAUAAUCAAAUUAAUAUAAUAUGCCCAAACUUUGAAAUCGGCAAUUCGAAAUAAUAAUAAGUACUUUUACUUUUGUGAAGUAAAAUUUUGAAUGCAUGACUUGAUUGGCAGAGAUUCAUGUUAUCACAGAUCAUCAGUAACAUACAGCAGAGACAGUGAAACUGUAGCAGCAGCCAGGGAUCAAUGAGUUACACCUCGACCCACCCUCCUGUUUCCAUAAAGCAGAUAGCACAGUCCAAACCCCCUGAAGAGUCCCCCUCCCGUCAUUAUGAUGGCACAGGAUAGUCCCAGAGCACAGGCCCACAGCCCACAUGCACACAGGGGUCAGGUCCUAGCCGCACAGCGAGGGAACUAGAGCUGCCAAAUCAGCUUUAAAAUGCACAAAGGGAAGUUUAGAGGUCAAGUGAGGUAUUAACUCAGCUACUGUGAAUUGAUCUGCGUGAAGAUUAUUUUUGACAAUUCGGUUGGAUCAUUUGGUCAAAGCCUUUUUUCAGACUUACCCACAAAACUGUCUAUUCUUUGUCACAAUCAGUUGCCAUCGUCGUGUUUAUUGGACUAGGACUGGGUCAUUGUGGAUGGUUUGUGAUAAAGAUGAUGCUUAAAUUUGUUUCAGUUCACAUGUCACACAAUAAUGAAAUGAAGCUCAAAUGAAGAAUUUCACUCUUAAAUGUUUUACAACACAUUUUAUUUUUUACCAUGUUUCAAAUAAAGGGACCAAAGGAUGUUUGUUUGACACUGAGAACAUUAAUAAACAUGACGAUGAACAAUA